AUGCCGUUCGGACUCUGCAACGCACCAGCAACAUUCCCGGCGGAGAUGAACCACAUCUUACGGCCCAUGUUAGAUAAGUGCAUAGUAGUGUACCUGGACGACAUACUCAUCUACUCCAAGAACAUGAAGAAGCACGUGGAGCAUCUGCGGAAAGUGUUCGAGAUCCUGCGGGAGAACAAGUUCUACGUGAAGCUGUCAAAGAGCGACUUCGCCCUGAAGAAGGUGCAGUUUCUUGGGCACAUGGUGAGUGCCGAGGGCAUACACGUGGACCCGCGGAAGAUCGAAGCCGUCAAAUCGUGGAAAGUUUCUGAGAACGUGAAGGAGCACAGGGAUCAUAUGCGGAAAGUCGUUGAGAUCCUGCGGAAAAAAACAAAAUCUACGUGA